AAAAAUAACCUUUCUCUUCUCCCCCAAUCGAUUCACGCACACACACAGAAAUUCACAAUUCAUAAAAUUCACACCAUAAUCCUGACCUAAGCUCCAUAAAUACUCAAAACCCAAAGAAAAACACAGCAUAAUUUCACACGUAGCAGAAACAAAAUGGAUCACCAAGAGCAAGAGCAAGAGCAUGAAGUGUACGGAAGUGAAAUCCCAGACGACGGAGAGAUGGACGCCGAUUUUGAUAUGUCUUCUAGACCUGACGACGAAGUAGACGCUGAAGAAGAAUAUGACCAGCAAAAUCCUAAUUCUAAGGAUUUGGAGGACAUGAAGAAGAGACUUAAAGAGAUCGAAGAAGAAGCUGGCGCUCUUCGUGAAAUGCAGGCUAAGGUUGAGAAAGAGAUGGGAGCUGUUCCUGAUUCGUCAAGUGGUUCUGCAACUCAGGCCGAGAAGGAGGAGGUGGAUGCGCGAUCUAUAUAUGUUGGUAAUGUAGACUACGCCUGCACUCCUGAAGAAGUUCAACAGCAUUUUCAAUCUUGUGGAACCGUAAACAGAGUAACAAUUUUGACUGACAAGUUUGGACAGCCAAAGGGUUUUGCGUAUGUUGAAUUUGUUGAGGCUGAUGCCAUUCCAAAUGCUGUUUUGUUGAACGAAUCAGAAUUGCACGGCCGUCAAUUAAAGGUGUCUGCUAAGCGAACCAAUGUUCCCGGAAUGAAACAGUAUCGAGGAAGGCGCUCCGGUCCUUCCGGAUUCAGAUCUCGAAGGCCAUUUAUGGCUGCUCCUUUCUAUCCCUCAUAUGGUUAUGGGAGGGUUCCAAGGUUCAGGAGACCCAUGCGUUAUAGGCCAUACUAAGAAGACCUAUAUGGAUUUGUAACGGUUAUCAGUAUUCUGUAUGUACGAAGAGAUGAGAUGACUUUUACCGUCAUUUGGAUGGAAAAGGCCAGUCUGAUUUUUCUCAAAUUGAUAGCUUGCAGGAGUGCUAGAUUCCUGCUCACCAAACAAAUUUGCAUUUGCUUGCUUUAUACGAGAUAAGACUUAAGGGGGCGCCAGAUGUGCAAAUGCUGUGAGAUUAUUUGUUUCCGUUUCCAGUGUAGUUGUUAAUUCAUGUUUUAAGAUUUUAAAGUUUCUCAGUGAGGUUUAGAAAGCCUUUUAAUAUAGAAAUCACCGGAUACUGUUAUUUUAACAGUUUAGCUGUGGGCUUGUAGUAAUUUGUCAUUCAUGUUAAUUGAUGGUUACUUAACAUUUAAAUAUCCCUUGUAAACAGCAGAGUGAUGAUAAACAAAGCAUAAGGUACCUUGUAUGGAAUGAUGGCUUCAAGUCAACAAUGCAUUAUCAGUUACCAUUUUGUGCAA